AUGGCGGGCAUGGGGCUGGCGUUGUGGUGGGGAACUAAUCAAGAAAGGCAGGGGCGAGUGCGUGUGGUGCGAGAGGGGAAGGAGGUUGAUGAGGAUAAGGUUGCUGAGGAGGAUGAGGGGGUUGUUCCCGGCGCAGAAGAGGAUGUGGAGAAGGAGAAGGCUGAGAAGGAGGUUGAGAAGGCGGAGAAACAGCGGGAGGAGAAAGAGGAACGGGAGAAGGAGCAGAAGGACAAGGCGGACAAGGUGGUUAAGGAGAAGGCGGAGAAGGAGGGUGGAGACGAAGAGGCAAAGGCAGGGUGGUUUAGUAGUGGGAAGAAAUGA